AGACUCACACCCAACUGGUGCUGGUGAAGGCUUACUGUCAGUUGGAGUCAGUGAAGAUGAGAUCCUAUAGCAGAGUGGGAGAAAAUGGACGCAGACAGAGAUGGAGAUGUGAGUUCAGUCAUUGGCAGGGCUCCGCCUGUGGGUCGAGGUUCAAAGCCAACCAUGCCAUCGUUUCCCGAGUAUGUACGUCUGCCCGUUUCAAAGUAUUCAAUCAAAGCCUUUAAACCAGGGAAAGGACAUGAACCUCUCCCUGAGUGGGCUAAGGAAAUAUUGCUUGUUCCUUUCCCUUCUGAGUUAAAGAACAUUCCCUCAGUAGAAGCAGCAGCAGCACCAAAGGCACUGCGACCUAAAUACCUUGAAAUGCUGUGUCAUAUUGACAGAAUAUACGUUAGAAUUAGAAGGGAAGUUUUUAAAAGUACAGAGGCUUAUAAGGGCUUAAAACUAGGUAAAUGUCCAGUAAACCAAGGCACCAAAGAUCAUUAUUACCUGCUGCACCUUCUGAAAACUGACUGUGGAUACCAGCUGGAGAGUAAACCAGAUUACCUGGCCAUCAACAUUAUGCUCAACUACGUGCCAUCUGGCAGUGUGAUAAGGGAAUUGCCUUUUAACAUCCCCCUGCAGUGCAGGUAUCACAGGUUGUUUCACUCCUAUAAAAUCGGUUUCUAUCCCAAACUUAAAGGAGGAACUGUUUUCAGAGCACUCCAACCCAAACAAAGUGUAAUUCUUGUCCCUCUUGAUGCAUCUGGCAAUGUAAUCACAGCUCCCCAAACCUACACUUUGGGUCAGGCCAUGUACUUCAUGGCCAAGAAGGCAAAUGACACGGGAAGUUCUGAGAACCGUCGCAUGUACAUUAACAAAUGUUUCAUGACUGCCAGCCAGAACCCCAACUCCAGCCCUAAAUAUGUAGUUAUCAACAACCAAGGCUGUAUGGUUGAUGGCAAACAGUCUCACCAGUCAAAGUUCCUCACUAGUUCCUCAAAGAUAGUCCAGAAAUUUACAGUGGGUGCUUUUAUCUUCAAGGAUAUGAUUUCCACCUCUUCCUUCUCACAGCAACUCUACAUGCACUGUGAGGUCUCCAUGGGGAAACUUACUCUUAGUUCAAGUUCAAAAGCGUGUAAUUAUGACCUUAAGAACAAAAGGUGGGAGGAGAUUUAUGGUGACGACUCUGUGUGCGCCUGCUGUGAAACGACCUGCCCCACAAUACAGCCCAGGGCUUCCAGAAAGACCAUCUCCAGCCCCUCCUGGCAGGUUGACCUGAGCAACGAUGGUUCUGUUCAUAUCGAGCCUCUGGCUGUUGAUGCUGAUGGAGUGGUGGACAGUGACAUGGCUGACGAUCUGGAAAAUUACUGGGAGGAUGAAGAAUAAGUGUUUUAAAUAAACAGAUUUGAUUCUGCAUUGAUUGACCAAUGAUUUGCAUCCAUCUUAAAAUACUGGAAUGACUAGACACUCCUGUUGUAUUGCUAGAAUGUUCAAAAAAUAAAAUGUUGUUACA